CCACAACACAAGACGUAUCACUCUUUCGGUUCAUGAAGCCCAACUAAAAUAAGUUGCAUCAAACAUCCAGCCGUUGCUGCAGGAAGAAUGUCAUCCGCCAAAACUAUUCGCGCCUUGAUUACCCGUACCAAGGGGGUCUCUGCCCAAGUAGAGACCUUGCCUGUCAUCGAACUACCGCUACAAAGUACGGUGAAAAACUCUCCCGGUGAAUGCAACCUGUUGGUGAAGGUCAAAUACUCGAGCUUGAAUUACAAAGACGCCUUGGUGGUCUCCGGAAAGUACCCCGGAUUGAAGCCCCCCAUGAUUGGAGGGAUUGAUAUCGCUGGAACAGUUCAAGAGUCAAAGUCCGACUUAUUCAAAGAAGGUGAUGAAGUGAUCAUGAACGGUUGGGGCGUGGGUACGGAUCACUAUGGAGGAUUUGCUCAGCUUGCUUCUCUGAGAUCGGAAUGGGCUAUGAAGAUGCCCAAAGGACUAGACGCCCUCGGAGCAGCCCAAAUUGGCACCGGUGGCUAUACAGCCAUGCUUUGCGUUGAUGCUUUGGUACGCAAUGGUGUCAAACCAGAACAUGGGCCUAUUUUGGUGACAGGUUCUACCGGUGGUGUUGGGUCCAUUUCUAUUGCGAUUUUGGCAGACCUAGGUUACAAAGUGACAGCGGUCUCCGGUAAAACAUCUUCAACCGAUUGGUUAAAAUCCUUGGGAGCAACUGAUGUAAAGGCUAGAUCUGACUUUGAGGCCGAGGGCAAGCCUCUUGUGAAAGAGCAAUGGGCUGGUUGCGUUGACACAGUGGGUGGAAAUGUUUUGGCCAAUGUUCUAAGUGGUACCAAGUAUGGAGGAUCCGUAGCAGCUUGUGGACUGGCUGGUGGAAUGAAUCUACCUACAACCGUAGCUCCGUUCAUUUUAAGGGGCGUGUCACUUCUUGGCGUCGAAUCUGCUCUAUUACCCGUUGCCAAAAGAGAAGAGGUGUACGGAAAGUACGCAGAGGCCCUCAUUAAGAGUAAAAAAUUGGACAAAGUUUGUGAAAAAGCCCAAUUACUGACUUUGGAACAAGUUCCAGAUGUGGCUGAAAAGAUGUUGAAAGGGCAAAUCGAAGGACGUUAUUGUGUAACCCCUGAGUAAUGAUACUUUUCGAUAUCUUUACGAGAAUAAAUUACCUGCAGACCUUUUCUUAGGAAACAA